AUGGCGUCGCUUCCUUUCUUCCAAUCCCAUCACGAUUUGGCGCACAAACAUCGCAUCGAACACGAACGAGCGCACUCGGGAAAUUCUAUGCACUCCCUGAGAACAGAAAUCGAUCGAACCGUGGACGCAAAGGAGGAGCUAUCUCUCCUUCGGAAGUACGGGACGAAAGUCGUCAAAGGGAGUUUAAGAGGUUUCGUGGAAGGACGUUUGGACGAAGUUGCCAGAAGGACAGAGAGAGAGUUGAGUAAAACGUUGGGGACGGGAGCGGAGAACGGCGGGGGCGAUUUGGCCUCGAACUUAGUGAGAACGUCUCGAUCGCAAGCGGCGAUGAGGAAUUUUGGACGAGUGCCGUUUCACGAGAGCAGCACGAGUAGUUUAGGCGCUUCCGGAAUGAAAUCGUCCGGACAAGGUACGGCGAAGAACAAACGCAAUAAUAAACAAAGCGCAAACGCGAAAAGAGAAUCGCUCGCGGAAAAGUUGGAGCAGUUGGAAAAGAUUAACCAGAAAGCGAGAGAAAAAUUAGAGAGUGGUUCGGACGCGUCAGAGUUGUUCGCGGAAGCUGCCAUGACGCAAGAAUCGUGGGCAGACGCGAUGAAGAUGGCGAAACAUUCAACCGGAUGGAAAGGUGGAGGUAAAGCGUUCAUGGAGCGGUUGCAAAGCCAGAGAGACGAGUACAAGGAGAAAGCGAGCGCGGUGUUCAUGUCGGACGAAGACGUCGCCAAAGCGGACGCGCUGAUUCACCAAAAGCAAAGAGAGGAGAAAGAAAAUAGAAAACGACGAUUCUUUGGUGGAUUUAGACAUAACAAAAGGAAAGAUAUGGACGCGACGUUGGACGAAGACACGAAGACGCACUUUGAAACUAUUCUCGGUGGAAUUUCUGGCGUGCAAAGCGACGCGGAAUCAUUGUUAGAAAGAACUGAAGACGAGAAAGGAAGUUUAGUUUCGCACGCGCGCGAGAAACAAGAGGCAUAUUUGAAGAGACACAACUCCAAGUCUAGAGAUAUCCCCUCGUGGUUGCAAGCGAGGUUGGAGUCGAACACCUAUUCCGCGUCGGAAUCCGAUCCGUUGGAGAUCGAGCCAAAUAACUUAGCAAGAUGGAUACCGGCUAUUGCGGCGAGAGAGCACGUUCUGCCAAAGCGUUCAAGGAACGGGUUGGAGUGCUCGUCGUCGCCGGUAACGGCGGAUUUAAGAGACAGCGGUCGUUUGAUGCAAAGAGAUUUAAAGUAUUUGCAGAGAGUGUGGUCGUCGCUCGAUGCGACGAGAUUGGCGCAGGGAUUAUGGGCAAGAAUGCCUUUACUUUCCGAAGGUUCAAACGUUAUUUUCAGAGAUAGAGUAGCUUCAUCGUCCUCGACUUCUUCCAGAGAAUCUCGAUCGGACGCGUCGGCGACGCCGAGAGCACACAAACCGAGAGUUCACAAAGAACACCGACCGGCUGAAAUGUCUACGGAUACGAACGAAGCUAUUGAACAGUUGCGAGCAGCUAUUGCGAAAGGUAAAGCUUUCAAAGAUGAUGAUGACGACGAAGAGGAAGAUGACGAUGACGAAGAGGAAGAAGAGGAAGAGCAAAUGGAGCAAAAACCGCAAACCGCAGAGAACGCGGAGCAGCAAUCGGCAGAGGUUUUGAACACAGUAGCUCAGGCUUUAAAUCUCGAUAGCACCGAUAUAGAAGAGCUUGGAUUAGUUAGCAUAAAGAACAGAGACAAGGAAGGCCGCGAGGUUGUUUUAGAUGCAGCGAUGUUGGAAAAACCUAUCGGGGAGGACGGAGAGAACGGUGCAGAAGAAGACGGAAUUGAAGAGGGAGGAGAUGAAAAUGCGAAUAACAAAGAUGAGGACACCGAGCAAGAACAACAGCCACAACAACAGCAAGGUAAAGAUGGGAACGAUGACAAUUAUUCGAACGAUGCAAGCGUCGUUGUAAGUGGUGAUGAUAACACGGACGAUGUUGGUGAAGAAGUACCGGAGAGACGACGACGACGUCGACGACUUUUGAGCACGUCGCAAAAGCCGCGGAGUAUUCCUUUGACUUUACAUCGAGCCAUGCUCUUUCCGGAUGAUUAUCACACAUCGGACAAGUAUUGUCCUGCCGGCAUGAAAGGUUGUACCGAGUCAGAGCGUAGGUUGCCGCGCGCGAUUGAGUUGAAACAAGAGACAUUUGUGGACGGCGUCACGCAACGAGGCGGCGCAGAUGGCGACUUGCUUCAAGUUAAACAAGGCGAGCGACAGCGUUUAAAACUCAAACUCGAUUUAGUCGGCGUGUUACCGUUAAAUGACGAGGACUAUGAAUUCAAAACGUGUGCCGUGGUUGGUAAUUCUGGCGUACUUUUGAAAUCCAAACAAGGCAAAGAGAUUGAUGAACACGAAAAAGUGUUUCGAAUCAACUACGCGCCAACGGCAGGAUACGAAGAAGACGUCGGCUCGAGAACAGAUUUCGAUUUCGUGAACUUACAACAUGUGAAACCAUUCAUUGCUGGUCGUACGCGCUUGGGAGGUUCCAUUCCGGAAAGUUCUCGCUCUGCGUUACGAAACACGACUUUGGUACUGUUUGAAAUUUUCAAUCCGUUUGCGCGUUAUCAUUACUACGCGCCGUUAUUGAAGCGGUUAGAAACAGCGCGAGUUUCCGGUGUUGCAAACGAGCACGUAGCUCCAGGAAGCUCCGCGAUUGUAGUUUCUCCUGAAAUCAUCGCACACGCGUUCAAACUUUGGGAAGCUGUCAAAAAAGCCGUGGAACUCGGUGCUGUUUUUGCUGGAUUUCACUCGAAAAGGUUCAAGCCGAAACCAAUGUCUGGCGUCUUUGCGGCUACGUUUGCGUUACACUCGUGCGAGAAAGUUUCUCUUUACGGUUUCUCGCCGUAUUCAAAAACGUCCGCGAUUUCGAGCGAUUCUAACAAGUAUCAUUACUUUGAUUCCAUCACUGGUACGACGACGCAUCACUCGUUUGAUUUAGCGUAUGAGUUUUACAGACAACUGUCGCUUUGGCCUUGCGGCGGCAUAGCGUUGGAUAUAAAAACUUAA